UGAGCCCUGAGGCACAAGAAAGCGAGACCUGCCCCAGACAAUGGCAGCCACACCUGGUCUCCAGCCUCCACCACCCCUGGAGCAAGACGAGAUCCUGAUCGUGAAGGUAGAGGAGGAUUUCUGCUGGGAAGAGGAGCCCUCCCUGGAGUCGGAAGACCCCAGCCCUGAGACGUUUCGCCAGCUCUUCCGGCUCUUUUGUUAUCAGGAGGUGGCCGGGCCCCGGGAGGCCCUGAGCCGCCUCUGGGAGCUCUGCUGCCGCUGGCUGCGGCCUGAACUGCGCACCAAGGAGCAGAUCCUGGAGCUGCUGGUGCUGGAGCAGUUCCUGAUGGUGCUGCCAGGGGAGAUCCAGGCCCGGGUGCGGGAGCAGCAGCCGGAGAGUGGUGAGGAGGCCGUGGUCCUCGUGGAAGGGCUGCAGCGGGAGCCCAGGAAACAGAGGCAGCGGGGCCUGGAGGUGCUCCCUGAUGAUGCACUGUCCCACGGGACAGGAGAACAGUGCUUGAAACACCAAGUGGAGGCCAGACCAGAGGAGCUGUCUCUGGAGGAAGGGUCUGGAUGCUCCAGCCAGCAGGCCCCAGCCCAGCGGAGCCACAGACCAAAGAGGGGUGACCUUCUCUGGCAACUCUGUGCUUUUUCCCCAGGCCCAGCGGCCUCCCAGCCUCAGGAGACGGCGGCAUCGGCCACGUCCUUCAUUUCAUCCUGGUCCCGGGUGCCAGUGACCUUGGAGGACAUGGCGGCAUACCUAUCCCAGGAGGAGUGGGAGUGCGUGGACCCGGCUCAGCGGGACUGCAGCUGGGACGUGCUGCCGGAACACGGGGGGCUUGGGCCACAACUUGAGGAUGGACAGGACACCCUGGAGGACGUGUCAAUGGGAAGGGAGCGGGACCGAGAGCUGGUCAGGGGCAUGGCCGGGACUGAGCAGCCUCUGGAAAGAGGAGGACCGCGACGAGUCGAAAAGCCGUACACGUGCCCCGAGUGCGGCAAAGGCUUUAGCAAAACGUCCCACUUGACCAAGCACCAGCGCACGCACACCGGGGAGCGGCCCUACAAGUGUCAGGUGUGUGGGAAGGGCUUCAGUGACCGCUCCAACUUCAGCACGCACCAGAGGGUCCACACGGGCGAGAAGCCCUACGCGUGCGCCGAGUGCGGCAAACGCUUCAGCCAGAGCUCCAGCCUGGUCAUCCACCGCCGGAUGCACACUGGGGAGCGGCCUUACGCCUGUGCUGAGUGUGGGAAGCGCUUCAGCAACAGCUCCCACUUCAGCGCGCACCGGAGGACACAUGCGGGCGAGAAGCCCUUCGUGUGCCAGGCCUGUGGCAGGGGCUUUCGCCGGGGCACAGACCUGCACAAACACCAGCGGACCCACAGCGGUGAGCAGCGCCUGCCGGGCCUGCAGAGCCCCACGGCGCGGCUCCAGGAGGCCCCCGGGCUGAAGCCCAGCCGCCACUCGUUGAGCUGCCCACCUCCGGAGUCCCAUUCAGAAUUUCGAGGUCAGAGUUCAUGAAGCUGCUGGUUACUGUCUUGGAACUAGAACCCUAAUCUGAAGGCAUUUCAGACUGACCCCGUUUGCUCCUGGUGGGGGCCCAGCCGAUGGCUGUGGGACAUUUCAGGUGCCCAGGCCGAGGGAAGAAUCCGGGCACUGAGUUCAGCAGUGGUGGCUGGACAUGCAGCAGGUGGACCUGGGUCCUGGGGCCGCCGUCCAGGUGACCACAGCCUGGGUGGCUCACCACCCCAGGGAUGGAUUCUCACCGUUUAGGAGGCCAGAAGGCCAAACCCAAGAUGUGGGCAGGGCUGCUUCCUUCUGGAGGCCCUGAUGGGAGAGACUGUCCCACGCCUCUCUCAUGGCUUCUCGUGUUCCCGGCGUCCCUGGUGUUCUUGGUUUGUGGCCACAUCAGUCCCGCCUCUGCCUCUGCUCUGGUGUCCUCUUUUAAGGGCACAGUUAUUCGAUUUAGGGCCCCCGAUCCAGAAUGACCUCAUCUCAAUUACAUCUGCAUAGACCCUGUUUCCAAAUAAGGGCACAUGCUGAGGUUGUGGGUGGACGUGAAGCUGGGGACGCUUAUCAGCCCACUUCAGGGAAGCCUCCAAAGCUCCAGUUCCAUGCAGUGUUAACAUACCCCAGCCUUCCCUGGCCUCCCACCUUCCCCUCCAGCCUUGCCACACCCAGUAUGUAGCCUGUGGGGGCUUUUUCUGUAUCCCUGUGGUGUCAGCGGGGCAGUGGGGUGAGGUGGGGGUCGCCUUCAUAGAUCCAUGGCUGUUUUAAAGGAUGAAUGCCUGGUGUGGGAACGCUUCCCUGAUACCCCAUCUUCCAGCCUCCCCGGCCCAUGAGGAAGCCUGUG